GGACGCCUUCUGCAAUGGCGGCCACGUCGUCCUCUUUCCGGAGCAAGAAGCCGAGCAUGCGAUCUACUUGGGCCCAGGCUCCAGGGCCUCACCCUCAAACUGCGCCGUCCAUCCGCCGGCCUUCGUCAACCCCGGGGCCCCGACCGACGCAGCGGCCCAUGACUCGAUCCAUGGAGAAGCAGCCGCUUCAGUACUGGAACCAGCAGGCGCGGAAUUACGAUGACAACAUCUUCUCCACGAUCGAUGAGGACAAGACCGGCAUCAUAUCUCAGACCAUCGAGGCGUGCGCCCGGAAGGAGGGCAGCGAAGGUCGCUGUGUGGAUCUGGGCUGCGGCGCUGGGAAGUACCUGCACAAGCUUGCCAAGCAUUUUCAGCAG